AUGGUGUCCAAUUCCACCCUGACCACGGCCAUUCUACCACCCCCCGGUCCGGAACUAUCUCUUCCCGACCAAGCCAACUCCAACCCAGCCGUCUUCCAGGAUGCGAUGACCGUGCGGAUGCGCGUCUUUGUUGACGAGCAACACUUUAGCGCCGAUGCAGAGAUUGACGAGGACGACGCGCGCAGCUGGCACUGGGUCAUUUCCGCUACCACAGGCCCCGGCACAAGUAUCCCAGUCGGGGUGAUCCGUCUCGUCCCACCCCCGCAGCCACCACACGAGUUGCUCACACACCCGGACACGACGCUGGAGUGCCCAUACGACUGGGCCCACGAACCCUGCGUUAAGCUCUCCCGCGUGGCGGUUCUGCCGGAGUAUCGAGGCCUCGGACUGGGUCGGAAAUUGAUCCAAGUGGCUCUCGAGUGGGCGGUACACCACGCGGCGGAGAUCAACGAAGCGGCCGCUCAAGUGGCGGCGAGGUCUCAUUGGACCGGAAGGCCCGCCCAAUGGCAGGGAUUGGUACUUGUUCAUGCACAGGCGGAGGUGGAGAGGGUGUACAAGGGGUCGGGAUUCCGCACGGACGAGACCUUGGGACGUUGGGACGAGGAGGGCGUCGAGCAUGUCGGCAUGUUCCAACGGGUGGAGGUGACGAGGUGA